AUGGCUGCUGGUGCCGGUUUGUACAACUCCUCAGACCCCGUCCGUACAAUGCCCUCCCCCGCGUCGAACGAGAACUCGAGCUCCAACAACACCAGCAAUGGACACCAUUCCACCGCGAACCACGACAACGACAACUCGCAGGUCUCCCCGGCGUCCUCCUCCUCCUCUUCGUCUACCUCAGAUACGGAGUCAGAGCGGAAAUCCAGGGCAGACCGUCCCCGCAUCGCCAGCCGGAAACCAAGUGCCUCCAUACUCGUGCCCCGCGACCAUCCCGAGAUCGAGAUCCAAAAGGAAGAGUUCCCGCCAGACGAUGCUCGUGCUAUGAGCCCGCGAAGGAACUCGGCCGAUGUCGAGAAGCUGGGUACCCAGGCGAGACAUACGCUUCAGGAACAAGCAAAGACGCUGCAGUCGUCGUUACAGGCGUUGGCCGAGCGGAUUGACGAGGUCAAGUCCGAUCACGACAAACUGGAGAACGAAAACCGUUUCCUGCAGGACUACAUUGGCGGCCUGACCAGGACCAUGUCCACCAAGACCGAACUUACCUCUACCAGCGGCGCGGGUAAGGGGAAGAAGUCUCAGAAGUAG